UUCUAACUGGGGUGGUGCCUCCAGAGGAGGAGGGAGAGAAGUACAGGCACUGGUGAUUAAAGUUGUCUGUUUCUUUUCACUCAGGACACGUUACAUUCAUACAGAGCUGGGAAUCAGAGAUCGACUCUUUGUUGGUGUCCUGACGUCUAAGUCUACCCUGAAUACGUUGGCUGUCUCUGUUAAUCGGACCGUGGGUCACCACUUCAACAGGCUGAUUUACUUUACUGGCUUUCGCAAUACCAAGAUCCCACAUGGGAUGCAGAUAGUCUCUCAUGGAGAUGACCGGCCAGUCUGGUUGAUGUACCGGACCAUCCAGUACAUGUAUGAGCAUUUUGGCAAUGAGUUUGAUUGGUUCUACCUGGUGCAGGACAACACGUACACGGAGGCCGAACGUAUCAAGUCGCUUGUUUCUCACCUGAGCAUCAAAGACCUGUACCUGGGUCGGGCAGAGGAGUUCAUCGGGGGUGACCUGGACUCCCGCUACUGUCAUGGCGGCUAUGGUUAUGUGCUGUCGCGGAGUAUCCUUAUCAAGCUGCAGCAGUAUUUGGACAGCUGUCGAAACGAUAUCCUGAGUGUUCGCCCCGAUGAGUGGCUCGGUCGCUGCAUCAUAGAUUACAUUGGCAUUAGCUGUGUCGAAAAACACAAGGAUGUACGUUACCACUCCUUCCAACUAGGCAAGAACACAGAUCCAGAUAAAGAAGACAGCGCAGAGUUCAAAAAGGCUUUCACUGUUCAUCUCGUGCCAGACCCCACACUAAUGUACCGUCUUCAUCGCCGCUUCAGUGAAAUUGAGCUGGAGAAGACAUACCGGGAAAUCGAAGAGCUACAGGUGGAAAUCAAGAACCUCAGUAAAUUGACACCCGAAGGCGAGGCUGGAGCCUCCUGGCCAAUUGGCAUCAACCCACCGUUCAAACCUAAAACCCGCUUUGAGGUUAUCAACUGGGAAUAUUUCACAGAGGAGCAGAUUUACUCGUGUAUCGAAGGCACUCCAAAGUGUGAGCUCCGAGGCAUCAACAAGGCAGACAUUAGUGACAUCAUCGAGACUGCAGUUCAGCAGCUGAACGAGAAGUAUCAGCCCCUGCUGCGCUUCCGCAAGAGGCAGCUUCUCAACGGCUACCGGCGUUUUGACCCGACUCGGGGAAUGGAGUAUACACUAGACCUUCUGCUAGAAGCCCACACCCAGAAAGGUUACAGCCGGACCAUUGCCAAGCGGGUCAGUCUGCUGAGGCCACUCAGCAAUGUGGAGAUCAUCCCCAUGCCAUAUGUGACCGAGGCCACACGUGUUCAAGUCAUCCUGCCCCUCACCGUGCAUGAGGAAGGCUAUGUGGGCAAUUUCCUGGACACCUACUCCAUGAAUGCCCUGGACAUGCAUGACAACAUGUUGCUGACUUUCCUCUUCAUCUAUGACCCCUUUGAUGCCCAGCGCGUCAGCCAGAAUGAUGUGUUUGCAGGGGUGAAGUCAGCCAUAGCUGAGAUUGAAAAGCGUUACUCUGAUGUGAAAAUCCCAUGGAUUAGUGUCAAGACAGAUGUUCCUUCCCAGGUGAAGAUCAUGGACAUCAUCUCCAAGAAGCACCCUGUGGACACUUUGUUCUUCAUCGCCAGCGUCUGGACUGAGAUCAAUGGUGAGUUUCUCAACCGCUGCCGCAUGAACACCAUAAACAAUUGGCAGGUCUUCUUUCCCAUCCACUUCCAAGAGUAUAAUCCUGCUGUCAUCUAUCGGGAGCAGCAGACCCCCUCCUCUGCUGAGUUCCUGAAGGAUGGCCAUUUUGACCGCCGUGUCUUUAGUGAGUCUUGCUUUUUCAAUUCUGACUACAUGGCAGCUCGGACCAAGAUGGCCGCUGACAUCCUGGACAAUGAUGAAAUGCUGGAAAGUAUGGAGGUGUAUGACGUGUUCAUCAAGUAUUCAAACCUGCACGUCUUCCGGCCUGUGGAACCAGGUUUGGUGCAGAAGUACACCCACCGCACGUGUAACCCCCGGCUGAGUGAGGAGGUCUACCACCGCUGUGUGCUCAGCAACCUGGAAGGACUGGCAUCACGUUCCCAGCUGGCUUUGGCCAUGUUCGAGCAAGAGCAAGCCAACAGCACUUAGACUUGAUAUUGUAACAAGGAGUAUUUUGGGACUUAAUCAUCUGCAGUAUUUGAUGUGAUGUGGGGUACUGUUGGCUGUACAUCCAGUAGAGAGAGGCAUUUUGUCUUGAAUCUCCAUUCAAAUCUAUUCUUCUUCAUGUAAAGGUAGUGGUCAUCUGGUACUCUUCCCAACCCCCCACCCCUCCACACUAAAGCAAACAAUUGAGGCUAGGGAUCAAUUCAUAAUUUCAAACCUCAGAUCAACAGAUUUGAGCAAAGUUAAUUAAAGUUUAUGCAGUUGCCCUCUAGUUAUGUCAGUUUUGUUUUUAUACUGUGCAAAUGAGUAAUUUGUGAUUGGUAUCAUUUAUGGAACAGGCAUUUCCAAAGGUUGCUAGAUGGCAGCAGUGAAUUCUGAAUAGAAAUAGAUUUCAGGGUUUUUCAAUGGCCUUUCCCCAUUGCUAGGCAGAUUUAGAUGUUGUCACCAAAUUGCUUGUUGCAUAAAUGUUGCCUGUCAUUCAGUGCUGGCUUGAUCAUUUAAAAAAAAUAGAUAUACCUAGAGGAUUUCAUCACACCUUAAUGAUCAGCCAUGAUCCCAUUGAAUAGUGGGAUAGCUUCCUAGCUUGAAAAUCGCUGCUGAUCAUAAAGAUUUGGAAUUUUGGACAGUUAUAAUCCAGCAAGUAAUUGGUUGCUGCUUUCAGUUCUUUCCUUAUUUCCCCAUCUGCAGAUUUCUAUAGCCCAAAUUCAACCUUAUCUGCAUCUUUUUUUUAAUAAUAUCUUCAGGCUCCCUGUAGUGCUGCAUCGUGGCCUUUUCUUAUUACUCUUCUCAGCAUCUGAACAGUUCAGAACUGGGCUAGUGCUCAGUUCUCUAGUGCUAGGGUUUCUCAUUUUAAUGAGCAAAAGAAUCCUCAAGAAAACACGCAACGAUAAAUGGAGGGGAGAUUUUGUAAGACCACUUGACAGAUCUGUCUGAUCUUCAGCAUAGAUCAGCCAUUAUUUUACAUUCCAUAAGAGCUUUAACAAGAGCACCUGACAGAAUGAGAUCAUUUGGCAUGAUGAUCUCAACGGUUAGCACUGCUGCCUCACAGCACCAGUGACUUGGGUUUCCUCCAGGUAUUCUCAUUUUCUCCCACAGUCCAAAGAUGUGUAGGCUAGGUGAAUUAGCCAUCAGAAAUGCAGGGUUACAGGGAUAGAAUGGGGGGAAGGGUGGAGGGCAUCUGGGUGGGAUGCUGUUUGGAGGGUCACUGUUGACUCAGUUGGCCAAAUGGCCUGCUUCCACACUGUAGGGAUUCUAUGAUUCAGCACUUCCAGACCUCCAGCAUACUCUUUACACUGUUUAGUUGCAGACACUACCCAUCCAUUUGAUUUCCUUAAGGAGAGUUCUGAGCUUUCAGUGGAAUGAGGACCAUUAGCACUAGUGAUUGGAUCACUUUCCUGCAUCAGUCACCCUAGUUAGUGCUGAGCACUCCCCAUAUGGUGGGAUACAUAGAAUAUUGUGGCAUGAAACUAGGUCUUUUGACCCAGGAACAUAAAGCUCCUGUAGUUCUGAAGAAGUCUCAUUGGAUUCAAAACAUUUACUGUUUUUCUCUCUCCACAGAUGUCACCAGACCUGCUGAGUUUCUCCAGCAUUCUGUUUUUAUGUCAGAUUUCCAGCAUCUGCAGUUCUUUGUUUUUUGUAUUCGUAAAGCUUCCGUCCUUGUCCUAUCUUGUAAAACAGUCCGCAUCAUGCAUGGUUUCUAGCUUCUGACUUUUCAGGCAGCAUUGUCAGUUAGUUUAGUUUUAGUCACCUGGGAAUGUGGCUCAGACUACCAGACGAGCACUUUCACUCCCCUCUGCCUGCACUGCUUUUGAAACCCUUCCACAUGUGGUGAGAGCUUGUGUCUCACUCAACUGUGCGGGAGUGGUUCCUCUGAACUCCAAGGAGGGUCAUCCCUGUUCUGAUAAGAAAUGCAUUUUAAUGGAUGAUUUAAUGAAUGGUUUAUUUAUUGUCACUUGCAUUUUACAGUGAAUAAUACCGUUUAAAAUGCAGUGAAAAGCUUCAACAAUCUCCACAAUCCUGUGCCUUUUGGAUAGUUUAAGAAUAAAAAAUAUAUAACAGAGAGUACUGACACCCCUCCGCCACUGUCAGCGUUGGACCCACCAGUGUAGGAGUCACCACUUUUUAGGUGGCAUCUCUUCAUCGCUGGGCCCACCUUGCCAAUGCUGAUGUCAUGUCCUGUGUUGAAACCACACUCUCCCCACAGCCAGGAGACCCUGCCUACAGCGACCAAGAGUCCCUGCCUCCGCAGCCAGACCAGGCCUCUGCUCCCAUCUCGCCAAGAGUCCCACUCUGGCCACCCUCCUCCAAGAUGUCAAAGCUUUAUCAAAAAUUACAGAGGGAUCUUCAUCAGAUGGGGAAGUGGGCUGAGGUUUGGGAAAUGCAAUUCAAUACAGAUAAGUGUGAGGUGUUGCACCUUGGAAAGUCAAACCAAGGUAAGACUUAUACAGUAAAUGGUAAAAUCCUGAGGAGUGUCGUGGAACAGAGGGUUCUAGGAGUACAAAUACAUAGUUUAUUAAAAGCGAGGUAGACAGGGUGGUGAAGAAGGCAUCUAGCAUGCUGGCUUUCAUUGGUUGAGGCAUUGAGUAAAGGAUUUGGGACAUUGUUGCAGUUGUAUAAGUCAUUGGUGAGGCCGGACUUGGAGUAUUGUGUACAGUUUUGAUCAACCUGUUAUAGGAAAGACAUAGUUAAACUGGAGACUAUGCAAAGAAGAUUUAUGAGGAUGUUGCCAGGACUAGUAGGUCUGAGUUACAGGGAGAGGUUGGCCAGGAUAGGACUUUAUUCCUUGGAACUUGGGAGAAUGAGGGGUGAUCUUAUUGAGAUGUAUAAAAUCAUGAGGGGCAUAGAUAGGAUGAAUGCAUAACGUCUUUUUCCCAGGGAUGGGGAAUUGAAAACUGGAGAGCAUAAGUUGAAGGGCACCUGAAGGGCAACUUCUCCAGGCAGAGAGUGGUAUGCAUAUGGAAUAGGCUGCCAGAGAAAGUGGUUGAGGCAGGUACAAUAGCAAUAUUUAAAAAUCAUUUUGGAUAGGUACAUGGAUGGGAAGGGUUUAGAGGGAUAUGGACCAAAUGCGGGCAAUUAGAACUAGCUGAGUGGGCAGCAUGGACCAGUUUGGGCCGAAGGGCCUGUUUUCAUGCUGUAUUACUCUAUGACACUAUCUCGCCUUGCCAACACCACCAUCUUGAAAUGUCUGUUACUGCUGCCACCGAUCACCAUGAGGAGCCAUGUUUGCCGCCACCAGGAGGAGCUGCCAUUCCGUGCAUGGCCUGCUGUAGCUACCAUGCCAAUUUUACCAAUUAACCCUCCUCAAAAGUCUUCAUUAAAAAUGAAAGGAAAAGAGCAGAAGUAAAAAGAAAGUGGGGAGAGAAAGGUUUGCGGGAGUGGAUGAGCCCCCGGCAAGAGCCUGCAUUCAGCACUGCUACGUCCAUUUUGAGAAUGUGAGGUGCACGUUAGUUUUAUCCCAGUUUCCUGCUCACUAGUUCGAGGGACAGCAGCUGAUCCCUGUUGCUCUUAACUGCUAUGUGGAAGGACCAAGCGUUGAGUCCUGGCUAUGUAUGAGAUACUGUGACUGGCGUUGACUUCCCAGGGAAGGGAACGGAGAAUCAAACAGGAUUCCUAUUCCUGAUCAUUCUGAUAAUAUAUUGUGCAGUCAGCUGAACUCAUUCAUGUGCACAGGCGUUCAUUUAGGACAGUAUUGACUGUGCUAAUGUCCUGUCAACACUUAGCUAUCUAAUCUCUCAUGUAAAUGUUAAGAACUUCACUAAGCUCCUGGCAUCUGUCAGGUUCAUUACAUAGUCUUUACCAGGCCACUGGAACUUGAACGCACAAGUUCCCUUCAGGGUGGUAGGGAGAUGGUUGAAGGAAGGAGAAGUCUGAAGACUGUGGAUCAGCUUCGGGCUUUCUCUCUGUCUUUUCCCUCCCAAAGUUAUUUUUUAAGGAUGUGAUUCACUGUUUGAUUUGAUUUGUGCUUUGUUUCCCAUUGUCAGUCUUUUGGUGCUGGUUUACUAUUGGGAGCUUCUCCUACCUGUUGGUUAUGUUUAUGUUAAUGUGUUAAUCAUCAUUUCAGAUGAUUCCCAUUGUUUCCACAUGAGUAUUAUGCACAGUGCUCCCCCGACACAUUGCAGGUCUAGAAGGGCAGAAGCUGUAACUUCCCAGGUUAUGAACAUUCAACCAAAUCUCUCUGCCAUUCAGCAUUAGUGUUUAAAUGUCAGUGUCGAGGGGGCGCCGUGCUGUCAGAGGUACUGUCUUUGGAUGAGCCAUUAAAUUGAGGCUGCUUAGGUAGAUGUUAAAGAUCCCAUUGCACUUUUUGUUUAAGGAACAGAGCAAGGACUCUGGCAUCCUUGUCAACCUUUACUCCAUUAACAUCAGUUUUAUUUUUCAUUUGUUUCAUUGUUGUUUUGGAAGGGCCUAUGUGUAAACAGCUUGCCACGUGUACCUGCGUAACAGUGGCUUUGACAGUAAUUCUAAUCUGUGAAAUGUUUUUUACUGUCUUUUACUUGCAAUUUACUGUAAUCGUCUUGGCAAAACUGCUACCUGUAAACAAUGUAUUGCACUUGUCAGAAUGCCUUGCCCCCUUUAGUAAAGGACUGUUUUUAGGGCCUUCCUAAGGUUCUGUCUGACAGUCUUAAAUGCUGUAA